AUGAAAACCAGCCACCGAACAGUUCUUCUCUUUGGAGACGUCACAGAUCCUUGGGUAGAGGGCAUCGACCAUGUCUAUGUACAGGCCGCAAAAAAGCCCUGGAUUCGGUCGUUCUUGGAAGAUCUCUUCUCAGCGAUCAAGACAGAGACCAAAGCCAUGGACCGAGUGUUGCAAGAAGGUUUCAAGGAUUCCUCCAGUUUCCAAGAGUUGGCUGAGAGAUAUCGACACGCUGGAGAUGAUUUCGGUAUGGCACAUGCCAUGAUGAUCUAUGCGAUCCGAGCUGUAGUUCUCCUAGAUUUGAGGACUUUGAGUCGGGAGCCGCAUAUACUUGACGAAAGCCGACCCAGGCCCGAGGUGAUCGGUAUUUCUGGAGGACUUUUCAGCGCAGCAGUGAUGUCAAUCUCGAUCAAUUUCGAAACUCUUUAUGCAGCAUGCAUCGAGGCUGGUCGUGUAUGGUCGAGACUCUGCAAUCUUACCUUAGUAAGAUCAAGGGCUAUGGAGGAGAGCCCCGGCACUUGGGGCUGGGCUAUUCUCGGUAUCCCAGCAGCAGAUCUGGGUAAAACUCUCGAUCAGUUUCAAAGUUCCAUGGGCAUUCAUUCUUCCAAGAGAGCAAAGAUUGGAGUCAUCGGAGAUCGAUGGAGUACCAUCAUAGGGCCUCCUUCUGUUUUGGAGCUCACUUUGAGUGAAUGUCCUAAUCUGAAGAAUCUUCCAAAGAAUGAGCUCAACAUCCAUGCUCUACAACAUACCUUGAGCGUCUCGGACUCUGAUAUCGACUACAUCGUUGGAAAUUCUCCGUUGCUAGAGACACCUCUACCUUCUGGAUACAGGAUACAUGGACUAGAUGACGACUUUCCGGAAGCGAGCUACGCAGAAUGGAGGCAUCUCUUGAGGGCUUCGGCAUAUCAGACGUUGUCACGGCCUUUGGACAUCGUCCAGGCUGUCAGCAAUCUGAACGCUGCUCUGGGCGCAUCAAAAGACAUUGAAGCCAAGAUCAUCGGUCCCAGCAGCCACACAACAUAUCUUGUCAAGUGUCUACAAACCGCAGGAAAGGAAGUGUUUGUCCAGAAUGGGUUUCUUGCAAGCCCGCAAACUUCAGGUACAAAUGACGGUAUCGCCAUUGUAGGCAUGGCUGGCAAGGGACCAGGCAGCGAUGACCUCGAGGAAUUCUGGAAUGUCAUAUUGAAAGGCCUCGAUCUGCAUGAAGAAGUCCCGUCCGAUCGCUUCAACCUGGAAGAGUACUAUUCGCCUAAGCAUCCACCAGCCGGCCCGGGUAGAUGUACUAUGACUUGCCGUCACGGCUGCUUCAUGAAUAAUCCUGGACACUUCGACUCCAAAUUUUUCCAUAUAUCGCCUAGAGAAGCUAUGCUCAUGGACCCUGCUCAUCGAUUGUUCUUGAUGAAUGCAUAUGAGGCACUCGAAAUGGCGGGAUAUUCAGAUGGUCAAACCAAGAGUACCGAUCCAACCAGGAUUGCAACCUUCUUUGGCCAAUGCAACGACGAUUGGCAUGUGGUUGGUCAUCGCGCUCUGGGAUGCGAUGCCUACACUCUGCAGGCUGUUCAGCGUGCGUUCGGGCCAGGUCGACUUGCUUUCCAAUUCAACUGGGAGGGGCCGACGUAUGCGCUUGACUCUGCUUGUGCAGCCACAAAUAUGGCUGUGGCUGGGGCUGCCAACGUGUUGUCGACUCCUCAUUCUUUCACCAGCCUGAGCCGGUCUGGGGUUUUGUCUGAUUCGGGGAACUGUAAGACUUAUCGAGACGAUGCGGAUGGUUACUGUCGUGCCGACUUUUCAGGUGCCGUGGUCCUGAAAAGGCUUGAUGAUGCUAUUGCCCAGAAUGACAACAUCUUGGCUGUCAUCUCUUCCUCGGCCAGGAACCACUCAGGGAACUCUACAUCCAUCACAACAUCUGAUGCUGCUGCCCAGGAACGAUUGUUCCAAAAAGUCUUGCGAAAUGCACGCGUCACGCCCCAAGAUAUCUCAUACGUCGAGAUGCAUGGGACAGGGACCCAAGUAGGCGAUAAGGCAGAGAUAGGAGCGGUCUCCAGUGUGUUUUCGAAGAGAAUUGAUGGCAGACCUCUGAAUGUGGGAGCUAUCAAGGCGAAUAUAGGUCAUAGUGAAGCGGCCGCAGGAAUGUCCUCCUUACUCAAGAGUAUUCUCAUGUUCCAAAAUAGUACGAUACCACCACAAGCAGGAAUGCCCCAUACUCUCAACCCCAAAUUCCCUCCAUUACAUGAAAUCAACAUCCAAAUCUCCUCCGAGCCGCUGGAAUUCAAGACAACAGACAACAAGCCUAGAAGAAUACUUCUCAACAACUUUGAUGCAGCGGGCGGCAACGCAUGCCUAUUAUUAGAAGACUACACAGACACAAAGGAAAGGAACGCCGAUGUUAGGUCCGCUCAUACCAUUGUUAUGUCAGCGAGAACACAGUCGUCCCAACUUCUAAACAAGAAGAGGCUUCUCAGAUGGCUUCGAUCGAAACCCAACACACGCGUCGAAGACCUAGCGUAUACAACCACUGCGAGGAGGAUGCACCACCCCAUCAGAUCGGCCAUUACUGCAUCCACGACUCAGGAGGUUAUUGCAAAACUCGAAGCCGAAAUCGAACGCAACGAUAGCUCCGUAGCGCAGCGGGCUUCGCCUCUCGUAUUCGUCUUCACUGGGCAGGGGUCUCAUUAUGGAGGUAUGGGUUCCGAGCUGUAUCGCUCAAAUCCCAUCUUCCGUGAGAGAGUCGAUUUGUGCGCCUCCAUCUGUGCUGGGUAUGACUUCCCUCCCUUCUUGGACAUUAUCACCAAUGAAACGGUCAAUGUGUCUACAAAGGAUGCAAGUCAGGUACAACUCGCUGUACUGACUUUGGAAAUGGCUCUCACCCAUUUCUGGCGAUCAGCUGGAAUUGAGCCUACCAUGGUGAUAGGACACAGUCUUGGAGAGUAUGCCGCCCUACAUGCCGCUGGUGUUCUGUCUUUGGCAGACGCGUUGUAUCUGGUUGGGCAUCGCUCUCUCCUACUCUUGGAGCGAUGCGAAUCCGACUCUUGUUCUAUGCUGUCAGUAUCCAUGCCAGUCGAUGAAGUUCGGGCCCAGCUUCCCAGAACACGUUCCUCUUCCUGUAACGUUGCUUGCAUCAACAGCUCUACCUCUACUGUUGUCAGUGGUACUGCCGAAGAUCUUGCAGAGUUCCAAUCGAGCAUCACAGCGCAAAACACAAAGGUUCGUGCGAAGAUAUUACCUCUUCCAUUCGCUUUCCAUUCUUUCCAAAUGGACCCAAUCCUAGAGGACUACUCUCGCAUCGCAGCAGGUGUGACAUAUUCAGCACCCAAGACCCCAGUGGCUUCAACUUUGCUUGGAUCUGUCGUUGAUAGAGAAGGGGUGUUCACACAAGAGUACAUGGUUCAGCAGACACGCCAAGCUGUCGACUUCAUGGGUGGCCUUGUUGCUGUAAAGUCCAAGUUGGCUGACCCAGUUUGGCUCGAAGUCGGACCUGCACCAGUCUGCAUGUCCUUCGUGCGCGAUACACUUUCCGCUCCAGCUUCCAAGAUGACGCAUAGUCUCCAGCCGAAGAUGAGCAACUGGAUGUCCUUGUCGAAAACUCUCGCGGCCAUGUACACUAGUGGUAUUGACAUUGACUGGCUCGCACUCCAUGCGCCAUAUGAAAGCAACCUCAAGUUGUUGACACUUCCUUCCUACGCAUGGGACAUGAGGAACUUCUGGAUAACUCAUACCGAUAAGGCCACGGAAGUAGUGUCUGAACAGUCCCCAGUCACCUCACCCGAGCCAAUCAUCUCUACAUGCGCACAAUAUCUUGUGGCCAAGUCAUCCUCUCCAAACAUCCGGGUCGCGUUUCGGGCUUCAAUUGCCGACCCGGGAUUCAUGGGACUUAUGGACGGCCACAAGAUGCAAGGUAUUGGACUGUGUUCAGGAAGCGUCUUCUGUGAGGCUGCUUUUGCAGCGACCAGAUAUGCCCUCGAAUACAGUGGUAGGAAGAACGUAACACAACCCUGGCUAAUUCUCCAUGACCCUAAGCUUCUUUUACCUCUGACGAAAAAGCUUGUGGGCCCUGACGGUGAUCUUGUCACUACAGCUGUAAUGGACAGCUCCUCUGCAGAGACAAUUUCAAUCAAAUUCCAGGCUACAUCUGCAAGUGCAUCGCAUGAUCUCGGUACUUGCGUAGUCAAAGUUCGCGACCCAACCAGAAGUCAGGUUGAAUGGGACCGGAUAUCGUACUUCAUCAAAGCCAGGAUGGACGAGACGAUCAAAAAUGCCAACGAAGGACGGGGCCAUAGAAUGCAACCAGAGGUCUUCUAUGCGCUGUUUGGCAACGCAGUUGAGUUUGCGCCUGACUUCCAGGGUAUCAACGAGGCCUACAUAGCGAAAGAUUUCCAGGAGGCUGCAGCAGUAGUCACUCUUCCUCAUGAUCCCAGCGGGACGCGAUUCACAUUCUCACCUUAUUGGGGUGAGGCUCUUGUGCAUUUAGCCGGCUUCAUGGUAAAUGGUAACCCGAGCAAAUCUCCCAAGACCACGUUCAUCGUAAUGGGUUUCGCGAGCGUCGAGCAGACGGCUCCCCUGAUUCCUGGGAAGCAGUAUAUGACAUACACUCGUAUCUCGAAGUGGGUCAAGGACACAGCAUACUGCGAUGCGAUUGUCUUUGAUCCCGAAUCGUCCAAGAUUGUCUUACAAUGCGUCGACAUCCGGUAUCAAGAGCUUCCCCGAGCAACCUGGAAACAUGUACUCGAGGGACCACAUGAGACUCCCAUUGUACACGCACACAGACCGCCUGUCAGAAACUUCAAGAAGGAUGCUGAAACAAGAGAGUUGCAACAACCUAGUUCAGCCACAGUGCCAGCACAAGAAAGAACAAUAGAUGAGCCCGAAAAGCAAGAAGGAGAGUCUGCUGCCGACGCGAGGCUAUUCAAUGCAAUCCUGGACAGCAUUUCAAAGGCCACAGGUACUGAUCCCUCCGAAUUCAGGGACGACACGAUGAUAGCCGAUCUUGGCGUUGACUCUAUCAUGGCCAUCGAAGUUGUCGCUACUGUAAAGGAUGUCUCAGGUCUUGAUUUGCCUGCCGCAUUCGUCUUCGAGUAUCCUACUAUCGGUGAUCUUCGAAAAGAAUUUGGAGCAAACGAACCGACGACUGAAAAGCCAAGAUUCAGUGCAAUUCCCUCUAGUGCUGAACCUUCCGUCCCGUCAAGCCCAAGUUCAUUGGCUCAUCCAAUGUCUGACUCAGCUUCUUCGCUAUCUCCUAGUGACAGGGAGGAGGUUUUGCCCCUCGAACGUCAGAGCAUGACCAAGGGAGAACAGAAGCGACCGGUCAAGAUAGACGAUGACGCGUCACCAGAGCCCGUCGUCAGAAUCAUGCUUCUGCAAGGCCGUCCCGGUUCCAAAAGAACUCCAUUGUAUAUGAUGGCUGACGGUACAGGAACAAUUGCAACGUAUAUCCAUCUGCCGCCCUUCAAGUCAAAAAUGCCUGUAUAUGGCAUCGACUCGCCAUUUCUCCGCUGCCCGAAAAGAUUGACCAAAGAAGUCGGUAUUGAAGGAGUAGCAAGACUUAUCGUUGACGCGCUCAUGAAAGCACAACCAGAGGGUCCUCUCAUGAUUGGAGGUUUUUCGGCCGGCUCUAUCGUUGCAUACGAGGUUUGUCGUCAACUGGGUAAAGCCGGUCGCAAGGUGGACGGUCUGGUGCUGAUCGACAUGUGCUGUCCGCGAUCCAGUCUCUUAGACGAAGACAAGAUGAACUCGGAAGACGAUGCCAGUUUCGCCAUCUUCGAAUCCGCUGUUACGAAGGACGGGCUCUGGAGCUCCUCUGACACCACCCAACAGCAUUUCCGGGCGUAUCAUGUCGCCAUGCACGCCUACCACCCGCCGUACAUGCUGGAAGAAGAAAGACCGACUCGUACGGCUGUCAUCUGGGCUGAGAAGGGCAUGGUCAAUCGCGUGAUGGGCAAUGAGAAGCUGAUGAAAAUGUUGGUGGAGCAGGGUAUUCCGACGACAUCGUACCCUGGCUACAUGGAGGACCCCAAGCUAGGUGCCUUUGCCUGCUUGGUGCCAGACCGUACGAAGGCUGAUCUUGGACCGAAUGGUUGGGAGAAGUAUACUGCUGGUGAAGUUUUGGCGCUUUCGGUGGCUGGAGAUCAUCUCGAUCUGCCAAUGCCUGGCCAUGUGCACUUGCUUCAUGCUCAGAUGGAGCAGGCAUUUGCCUAUAUCGAGGGAUAA